CUCCUUCAGCUGUGUCCAUCAUGCACCAGGUCAGCCGCACCGUGGACAGCAUUACCCUCUCAUGGUCUCAGCCUGACCAGCCCAACGGAGUCAUCCUGGAUUAUGAGCUGCAAUAUUAUGAGAAGGAUCUGAGCGAAUUAAAUUCAACAACAGUGAAGAGCCCUACCAACACCGUGGCAGUGCAAAACCUCAAAGCUGGCACCAUCUACGUCUUCCAGGUGCGAGCACGUACUGUGGCCGGGUACGGCCGGUAUAGUGGCAAGAUGUAUUUCCAGACCAUGACUGAAGCUGAGUACCAGACCAGUGUCCAGGAGAAGCUGCCACUCAUCAUCGGCUCCUCUGCAGCAGGACUGGUGUUCCUCAUUGCUGUAGUCGUCAUCAUUAUUGUGUGCAACAGAAGACGGGGGUUUGAGCGUGCUGACUCUGAGUACACCGACAAGCUGCAGCACUAUACCAGUGGCCACAUGACUCCAGGGAUGAAGAUUUACAUUGAUCCAUUCACCUACGAAGAUCCCAAUGAGGCUGUCAGGGAAUUUGCAAAAGAAAUCGAUAUCUCUUGUGUCAAAAUCGAGCAGGUGAUCGGGGCAGGAGAAUUUGGUGAGGUGUGCAGUGGGCAUCUCAAGCUUCCUGGCAAAAGAGAGAUCUUUGUGGCCAUCAAGACCCUGAAGUCUGGUUAUACGGAGAAGCAGAGACGGGACUUCUUGAGUGAAGCCAGCAUCAUGGGGCAGUUCGACCACCCCAAUGUCAUCCACCUGGAGGGGGUGGUGACCAAGAGUUCACCAGUCAUGAUCAUUACUGAGUUCAUGGAGAAUGGCUCACUGGACUCCUUCUUGCGGCAAAACGAUGGGCAGUUCACAGUGAUCCAGCUGGUGGGCAUGUUGCGGGGCAUCGCAGCAGGCAUGAAGUACCUGGCCGAUAUGAACUACGUGCACCGGGACCUGGCUGCCCGCAACAUCCUGGUGAACAGCAAUCUGGUCUGCAAAGUGUCUGACUUCGGCCUCUCCCGUUUCCUGGAGGACGACACCUCUGAUCCCACCUACACCAGUGCACUGGGUGGGAAGAUCCCAAUACGGUGGACAGCACCUGAGGCAAUUCAGUACCGAAAAUUCACAUCGGCUAGUGAUGUGUGGAGCUACGGAAUAGUCAUGUGGGAGGUGAUGUCCUAUGGCGAGCGGCCUUACUGGGAUAUGACCAAUCAAGAU